UUUUUAAACAAAGUUGUUGAAGAAAAAAAAAAAGGGGGAGUUCUACCUGUCAGAGAGGAGUCCUGGAGAUCCGGAAGGUGAAGGAUCAGGGGAACAGCGGGAAGUCUGGCCUAUCUAGGGGGCGCUGUGCUGGAUCCGAGUGAUUGUCGGCCAUGUCUGUCUUUCGCUCGGGCGUGCUGGUCUUGACGUCUCCCCUCUCUGCCUUGUCUAUGAGAUUGGCGCCCAUUCUGGCCUCCGCAGCGCAGAUUGUCCAAGACACCUUGUACAUCCAUCUCCAACCUGGGCUCCUCCUGACCGCCUCUUCUCAACCCGCGUCCACCUACAUCCCUGCCACCCAGGAGGUCUGCCGCCUCAUCUCCAAGCUGUAUUCUGACGCCGACGUCCAUAGUCACCUGGAUGUGCGUGUUCUCCUCACUAACAUCAAGAACCAAAGCUGCAGCCAGCAGCCGCUCUCCUCCGUCCAGAACCUCUCUCACCCCCCAGAGGUCGUCCUUACGGAUUUCCAGACUAGUGAUGGGGGGCAGUAUAACCCCGCCAAGCAGCAGCUGGAGCGAUACGCCAAGAACUGUUACAGCUGUGACCCGCACCUAGUAUCAGUAUUACUGUACCCGGAGUACGGGAUAGAAGGGGACAUUAUGGACCAGAAGGAGACGGAUCAUGAAGGGAACCCUCUGCAGAGUCACAGCGAUGUGGUAGUCGGGGGCACCUUCGAUAGGCUCCAUAAUGCCCAUAAGAUCUUACUGAGCGUCUGCUGUUUGCUGACAGAAGGGCGACUUCUCAUUGGGGUGGCGGACAAGGAACUCUUGGACAAUAAAGUCCUGAAGGAACUGAUAGAGCCCUAUGAGAAGAGGGUGGAGACAUUGUCCCAGUUCCUGGUUGACGUGAAGCCUUCUCUGGGAUAUGACAUUGUGCCUAUAGCCGAUCCUUAUGGCCCGUCCAUCACUGACCCAGAACUGAAAUGUAUCGUUGUCAGUGAGGAGACCCAGCGAGGAGGACAGUCCGUGAAUAAGAGACGUCUGGAAAAUGGGCUCAGUGAGCUGACCAUCCAUGAGAUCCAGCUGGUAACAGACCCCAAACACUCUGAGAAUGAAGAGGAGAAGAUCAGCUCUUCUAGCUUCAGGAACCGCCUGUUGGGGACGCUGCUAAAGACUCCAGCU